UAUUACAAACGAAAACCCUAAAAAUUCUUUCUUUUGUGACAUCACGCCACGRCAUGUGACGUAACACCGGAAGCAUAAGCCACAGAAAUGGCCUCUUACUCUCGAGUUACAAUUUGUUGACUGAAAGGGUCUAUCAAAAAGUCAUCUGGCGUUAUCUAGACUGUUUUAUCCUUUUAGCCUUCAUUCAAUAGUCUGGACCUGCAAUAUUGUCUAAAUCAUGUUUGAUAUCUUAUCGAUCUUGUGAGAUUGUAAAGCGUUGUCACCUCGGAACUUGCGAAUCAGAAGAACACAAUUGAAAUUCAAAGAAGAAUUGAAGCUUUUAAAAAUUGUAGAAAGCAUGGUAAUUAUGGACUACUGCAGCAUCGUGAACUCAUGGUUAACGCGUUUGUUACUGGGUUCUGUGUACUUGUGGACUAAUGGCGUCUUUUCGUUAGUGGAGUGGGGUGAGUGGAGCAGUUGUUCUCAACUAUGUGGUGGAGGAAUACAGACAAGAAACGGAACAUGCGAUGGUUGUAUGCAGAGGAGAGCUUGCAACACAAACAGAUGUCGAGAUACUGCUUUAAUGGUCUGGGUGGUGAUUGGUGUGACUAUCAUUUUCCUGGCCAUUCUUGUCAUUUUUCUUGUUGGAAUAUUCUUUGUAAAACCUGAUGCUGAAAGAAAACUUUCUCGUAAAAGCUCAUUUGAACUGUUGGAAAGUACCCCUGGGGCAUCACGACGAGUUCGUACUUGUACGGUCGAUACUAACGUGGACUAUAAAUUGUCCACUCUUCGUUCAGACUGCAAAAACAGUCAACCAUCAGCUUUAGACCGUCGUUUAUAAUCACUAAGGAAUUGUGUUUUGAAUGAUGAGCUAUUGCACCAAGGGUACCGUUAAAAUGAAGGUAGUUAUAAACCGACUAUAUAAUCCUUAAGACUCUGCGGAAAAAUAGCAUAAGAGAAAUACAAAGUCAUGAACAAUCUAUGGCUUGUGUUUGUGGCUGCUGAGAAGGACAUAAGAAGCAAGUACAUAUAAGUAGCACACUCGUCCAAACUACCUCCCCGUCCCAAGUGACAUCGGAUGAACGGCGUCAGUGAAAUGUGAGGGCUAGCGUAUUUACAGUAUUGACAUAUCAAGAAAUUGAACCACAGCAUUAUAUAAGUAAAGGACUAAAUAAAAGAGCAAGUUAACACUAUAUAUAAUAAACCGAAUAAGUGAAAAAAAGAAAAAAUGAAGUGAAAUUGGGAUAAUUCA